CUCCAUCAUGUCUGAAUUCCAUUCACUUGCACAUCUCAUCAAGAGACUUGAGGUUGCCACUACCCGCCUCGAAGACCUUGCUCUGUCAGCUUCAUCAGCUUCAGCUGUCUCUUCUACUUCACCCACAAACACCCCUCCUCCUCCAUCGGCACCUGCCGUAGUCCAACCUACAGGAGUAUCUGAAGUACCAGUAGUAAUCGAGAAGCAGGAUGAAGCCAUCAAUGCUGCUCUCCAGAAAUAUCUUGCUCUUUCAGCUGAGAUUGGUGAACCAAUUUCAAAACAGGCAACUUUAGUCGCCAGUGCGAUCCAAGCUGAAAGAGACAUUCUCCGUAUCUCUACAUUGGCACAGAAGCCCGUGAUGAGCACCACUAUUUUUGGAAAACUUAUUGAUCCUCUUCAAACCUUGCUUACAGAGGUUGUUAAUAUUAAGGAAAAGAACCGAGGCAGUGCCAUGUUCAACCACCUGAGCACAGUUGCCGAGGGUAUUCCUGCCCUGGGAUGGUUCACAUGUGAACCAGCGCCUUCUCCUUUUAUCCGUGAUAUGAAAGACGCUGCUCAAUUUUACGCUAACCGCGUCGCCAAAGAGUGGAAGGAAAAAGAUCCCAAGCAUGUCGAAUGGUCACAAGCUUUCCUUACUGUUCUUGAUAAUCUCGGACGCUUCGUCAAGGAAAACUACCCAACUGGUUUGCCAUGGAAUCCCAAGGGAGAAAACCUUGAAACUUAUAUGAGCCAGAACAACACUUCUACCGCAGUUCUCGAAGAAUAUGAAGCGGGCAAGCCCACAGGUGCUGCUGCUGUAUUUGCAGAGAUUAACAAGGGCACAAGUGUGACAGCUGGUCUGCGCAAGGUAGACAAGAGCCAGAUGACUCACAAGAACCCUUCGCUACGCGCAGGAAGCAGCAUAGAUGCAGGAAGCAACAAGAAGCAGGCUCCUCCUACACCAUCUAAACCAAACAAAUAUAUUCUCAAGAAGCCUGCAAGAACUACACUUGAAGCCAACAAGUGGGUUGUCGAAAAUCACGAGAAUAACAACACAAUUGUUAUUGAGGAUACCGCGAUUAACCAGGCCGUCUAUAUCUUUGGCUGCAAGAACUCUACCAUUCGUAUCAAGGGCAAGGUCAAUGCUGUCACCAUGGAUUCGUGUGUCAAAUGCGGUAUUGCCAUUGAUUCAACCGUUUCAACUGUCGAUCUCGUUAACUGCAAGUCCUUUGCUCUUCAGGUCUUCCAUGUCACACCUACAAUUGCUGUUGAUAAGUGUGAUAGUGGUGAGAUCUACUUAUCUAAGGAAUGCUUAGGUGUAGAGAUUCUUUCCGCAAAGUCUAGUUCUCUUAAUGUUCUUGUUCCUGAAGAUAUUGAAGCUGAGGACAGCGAAAUGAAAGAGCUUUUUGUUCCUGAGCAGCUCAAGACAACUAUUGUCGAUGGAAAACUUGUUACCACAUUGAUUGAGCAUGCAUAAUACUGCUUGCGAUGGCCUUCUUUUUUGACAUAAAAUAAUAAAUAUAUCUUUCCACUUUAAUCCUAUC